AUGGCCGCACCCAGUUUCCGCAAGGUACCAGGGGACUGGACGCGCUGUGGGAUGCCGGGUAGAGGGCCACAGAAGCGCAUCGUCCAUGGUGCAGAUGCAGAGCACUGUAAGUGGAGGUGGCAGGUGAGCAUAGGUUCGCCUAGUACGGGCCAGUUUUGUGGUGGCACCCUGAUCGCCCCGGAUUGGGUCCUCACUGCCGCACACUGCGUUGGACACAUAAGGCAUCCAUGCGACGUGAGGACCCUCAGAGUAGGCGCGGGCACCUCAAAGAGAGACACUUCCAAGGCUAAGGGCCUGUUCGUUGAGCGGCGUGUAGCGAGAAUCUUCGUGCAUCCCUUGCACAACAAGAACGUGCAGCACGACUAUGACUUCGCACUCAUUCAGCUGGACAAGCCCAUGCCAAUGAACCAGUGCAUUGGUGUUGCCUGCUUGCCAACCCGCACAGAGCAGGUGGGUACCCGGUGCCAAAUCACCGGCUGGGGCACCCUUUCCUCCAGGGGAGCCACUCCUGAGCUCUUGCAGGAGGCUCCUGUGACCCUUGUGAACAAGGAGGCUUGUGAGGUGAAUUACACCAAACAGCGCCAGAUCGUCACAGGCUCCAUGCUUUGUGCUUCCGGCGAAUCAAAUGCUGGGAUCACUGACAGCUGCCAGGGCGACAGUGGAGGGCCCAUGGUCUGCGAGGAGGAUGGCGCCUUUGUGAUUCGCGGAGUCACCUCCUGGGGCCAAGGCUGUGCGCUCAGAGACUUCCCCGGCAUCUACGCCCGCGUGCACAGCGUCUUGGCCUGGGUGGAGGAUGUGAUGGGGAACAAGGUUCGCAUGGUGUCGGCCGAGGACAAGCAGGAAGAGGAGGACAUCUCCGGCAUCGACUUCCGUGGUGCCAUGUGGAAGGUCACCUCCGGCAAGUGCACCAUGGAUGAGUUCGACUGCAUCAUGAGUCCUGGAUUUCCUGAGCCAUAUCCCUCUAAGGACAGAUGCUACAUUGCAGUGAACAUCAGCGAUGCCGUGCCCAUCUCGGUCGAAAACUUCUCAACAGAGGCAGCUUUCGACUACCUGUCCUUCAACUGUAGGGCUUUCUCAGGUGAAAUUGGCCCUGAGGGCAUAAUUCCAGAUGCAUCUAUACACUGGGUUUCAGACCAGAGCAUCGCCGGCACUGGCUGGCGGCUGUGUCCCUCCUACUAA